CCCCAGUUCUUUCUCUUUCUUGCGCCUUCCUUUCGUCCUUCUGCGCGUCUCGUUCCGCGCUGCUGCCGCAGAAAGGAAGCGGUGGUAGUGCCGCCAGCUUUGUGCCCCACACCCUCUUGCCCUUCGCUCUCCCAGAAACAGUCCAGAGCCACCUGCAGCGCCUCCGACACCGGCCGUGGGGUUUCUCGCUCCCCCCCCCCCCCCCCCCCCCCCCCCCCCCCCCAGGAGCAGGUACGCGGGCGCUGCGGGGCGGCUGGGGGGGAUGUGGGCUCGGUUUCUGAGAGCUGUUAGCGUGGUGGCGGUGUGCGCAGAGGAGCGGCGCGGGGGGGCGCUUAGACCUCCCCGCGGCGUUUCUGCCGCCUUCCGCGAGGCGAGGGGUGGUAGGGCGUCUCUCGUCUCCCCUGGCGGUGUCCUUUCUCUCGCUCUCUGAUGCGCAUUGAAAUGGCUCAGGAGACAAACCAGACCCCAGGGCCCAUGCUGUGUAGUACAGGAUGUGGAUUUUAUGGAAAUCCUAGGACAAAUGGCAUGUGUUCUGUUUGCUACAAAGAGCAUCUUCAGCGUCAGCAGAAUAGUGGUAGAAUCAGCCCAAUGGGUAAAGGGACAGCUAGUGGUUCAAACAGUCCUACCUCAGACUCUGCAUCUGUACAGAGAGCAGACACUAGCUUAAACAACUGUGAAGGUACUGCUAGUAGCACAUCUGAAAAAUCAAGAAAUGUGCCUGUUGCCGCUUUGCCUGUAAUGCAGCAAAUGACAGAAAUGAGCAUUUCGAGAGAGGAAAAAGUAUCACCGAAAACAGAGAUGGAGCCAGUUGUUACUCAACCAAGCCCAUCAGUUUCUCAACCUAGUACUUCACAGAGUGAAGAGAAAGCUUCUGAACUACCUAAACCAAAGAAGAACAGAUGUUUCAUGUGCAGAAAGAAGGUUGGCCUUACAGGAUUUGAUUGCCGAUGUGGAAACUUAUUUUGUGGACUUCACCGUUAUUCUGACAAGCAUAACUGCCCAUAUGAUUACAAAGCAGAAGCUGCAGCAAAAAUCAGGAAAGAGAAUCCAGUUGUGGUGGCUGAAAAAAUCCAGAGAAUAUAAACUAGCUUACUUGUGAAAAGACUGACUUUUAUUUGUUUUAUUUUAAUAUACCCUAGGAAAGCAUUAAAGAGCAGGUGCAUGGCCAUUUUCCUUUGUUCUCCAAAGUUUUAAUUUUAGCCUUCUCUGUCUUAAUGAUAUUUCAGAAUGUUUGGGUGUUUGUUACAGGCAGAACUGGAUAGAUACAGCCCUUGAAAAUGUAUGUGCUCUCCUCAAUAUAAUUGGAUGAUCAGAACCUGCACAGGAAUGCACAUGCACAUCGGACAGGCUCUAGUUCACAUGUGCCAAACAGAUGCAUACUAUCUGCAUGUUUGCAGCAGAUCUGCCUUUUUUUGAUGUUCAAGGUGUAUAACACUAGCCAAAGACUAUGUGCCUGUUUGGGAGAAGGAUAUGUCAGAAAGGUUGGCAGUCUACUUCUAUCAUUUAAAAUCUUGUUCUACUUUUAGUUUCCACACUCCAUUGUUUUCCAGCAGAAUGUAAGCCACGUAGAGGGCUCUCCCUUCCAGUAAGAUGAGUGGUGGUGCCAUAUUUAAAAAAAAGUCAUUUAACAAUUGCAAUGGGAAAAAUGGAAAGAAUCAGAUAUGUAUGAGAAAAAAACUAUUUUGGAACAGAUUACAUUAACUUUAGAAUCAUGAAAAUAGUUUCCCAAAGGAAAUGUCCUGUUAGAAACUUAAGAACUGGCCUGAAACAGUUGUCUGCUUUUCCUUGCAUAGCUAAAAAUGUUGUGUAGCACAAUAUUGUGCUAAGAUUGACUUACAAAACAGAAGCUACAUAUGUGUGGGUUUUUUGAACAUAACACUGCAGCUCUAUCAAGUGACAUAUGCGUCUGUGUAAGUUGCAGAAGUAUUUGAGCAGUUCAUUAUUCAUGUACUUCUUAAAUGCAGUGUGUUCUGGGUUCAAAAGAAUAUUAGGAGCUUUUUUUUAAUUUAAAAAAAAAAAAGUAACAAUUGCACAUGCAACAAUUGUUGGGUAUGGAAAACCAUACCCAACGUGACUCCUGUAGACUUAAGUGGGAGCUGGAACCACUCUUGGAGGGCUGCUUUAUCAUUUUUUAAUUGUACUUUGGUGUAGAACUGUAGUGUUCUUGGGUGUAUUGCAUGGGCUCCAUUAUCUACAGCUUUGUAUAAUAACUAGGAAGGGCAGUAUAGUUCACUGAUGCUUGUCUGGUAAUAUCACUUCUAUGUUAUAAUGGAAGGGUUUUUUGUGAUGUAUGAAACUUGUGGGGUUUUUUAUAUAAUUAAGUAUAGUGUAGACUAGUGUUGUAGUAAUGCCUCUUCUCAUCUGUAAAUAGUUGUGUAUGUACACAAGAUGCUACUUCUGACUUUUAUUGCAGUGUUCAGUCUUAGUUUUUUAGUUCACUAUUAAAAGCAUCAGGCUUUGCUUUAACUUUGUUCUUUCAAUUUAGUUAUCAGAUAUGCAAACACGUACAGAUAGUUCGUACUUAGGUAUUGCACAUAAUCGCACUAUCCGGCAUCUGUGCUCUAUUGUAUUAUGUAAAUAAUAAAAAUCAUGUACAGAAGGAAA